GUCCCACCGGGCAGCUCAGCGGAGGCGGGCCAGAUCUCUUGAUAUUGAACUACCUACCUGUGUAUCCAGUUCCCUACCACGUUUCCCUGCAACCUCUCGCCUGUGCAGGUGUCCCGAUCGUCUCCUCUUUUGUCUCACUGUGCCGGAAUUCAACAACCACACGGCCAUCUGCACAAGGUCGAGCAUUCGUUGAGCUCAGGGCAACCUACCCUCCCCGAAUAUAACCCCUUAACCUUCGCGCCCCCCCACCCCCCCGAGAACUUCCCGAUUGUAACGAAACAACCUGCCAGAGGCCAGCGCCCGUCAUGUCGUUCUUAGAGAACGCCUACAGCUUAGUCCACCAGGACAAUGCUGCGGACGUUCCAUCCCUGUCCGACCUCCGGACCCAACUCGAAAAGGGCUCCGACGAAACCAAGGUCGAGACCAUGAAGCGCAUUCUGACCGUCAUGCUUAAUGGCGACCCCAUGCCUCAAUUGCUCAUGCACAUCAUCCGAUUCGUCAUGCCAUCCAAGUCUAAGCAGCUAAAGAAGCUUCUCUACUUCUACUACGAGAUUUGCCCGAAGCUGGAUGCCCAAGGGAAGCUGAAGCAGGAGAUGAUAUUGGUUUGCAACGGUAUUCGGAACGACCUCCAACAUCCCAAUGAGUAUAUCCGAGGAAACACGCUUCGCUUCCUCUGCAAACUUCGGGAACCCGAGCUCAUCGAGCCCCUCCUCUCCUCGGCACGGUCCUGUCUCGAGCACCGCCAUGCAUAUGUCCGCAAGAACGCUGUCUUUGCUGUCGCUUGCAUCUACCAGCAUUCCCCGACCCUCAUCCCCGAUGCAGCGGACCUGAUCGCGACCUUCUUAGAAGGAGAAAACGAUCCCACCUGCAAGAGAAACGCGUUCGCCGCCCUGUCCAGCAUCAGCCACGAUAAGGCAUUGGUGUACCUUAGCAAGGUGUUUGAUGGAAUACCGAAUGCUGAAGAGCUGAUCCAGCUGGUGGAGCUUGAAUUCAUUAGGAAGGAUGCCGUCCAGAACCCGCAGAACAAGGCACGAUAUCUGCGUCUAAUCUUCGAUCUUUUGGAAGCGAGCGCAUCAACGGUCGUGUACGAGGCGGCUUCGUCGCUUACUGCUCUGACCAGCAAUCCUGUCGCCGUCAAGGCCGCUGCUGGAAAGUUCAUCGAACUCGCUAUCAAGGAGGCCGACAACAACGUGAAGCUGAUCGUCCUCGACCGGGUAGAUCAGCUGCGAAAGAAGAACGAGGGCAUCCUGGAUGAUCUGACCAUGGAGGUUCUACGAGUUCUCUCGAGCGCAGACCUUGAUGUGCGGAGGAAGGCCCUGACGAUCGCGCUGGAAAUGGUGUCGAGCAAGAACGUGGAAGAGGUUGUCCUACUCCUUAAGAAGGAACUUUCAAAGACAGUGGACCAGGAGUAUGAGAAGAACACCGAGUACCGCCAGCUCCUCAUCCAUUCAAUCCACCAAUGCGCCAUCAAGUUCUCCGAGGUUGCCGCCAGCGUCGUCGACCUGUUGAUGGACUUCAUUGCAGAUUUCAACAAUACCUCCGCUGUCGAUGUUAUCAACUUCGUCAAGGAGGUGGUUGAGAAGUUCCCCAAGCUUAGGGCCGCGAUUGUUGCGAGGUUGGUGGAUACUCUGAGCGAAGUUCGCGCUGGCAAGGUCUACCGUGGCAUCCUAUGGAUCGUUGGUGAAUACUCUCUCGAGGAGAAGGACAUUCGGGACGCUUGGAAGAGAAUACGGGCGAGUCUGGGCGAGAUUCCCAUUCUCGCUUCCGAGCAGCGCCUGCUUGACGGUGUGGAAGGCGAAGACGAGCACAAGGACGAGGGAGAGGUCAAUGGGCACUCGAAACCAUCUGCACCGACUGGCUCGCGCCGGGUUCUUGCUGAUGGCACCUAUGCGACAGAGAGCGCUCUGACAAGCAAAUCUGCUUCAGCAGCCAGGCUUGAGGCCGUGAAGGCUGCCCAGAAACCUCCGCUGAGACAGCUCAUUCUUGAUGGAGAUUAUUACCUGGCGACUGUCCUGUCGGCGACGCUGACGAAGCUGGUUAUGCGACAUUCCGAUAUCUCCUCUGAUGCUGCGCGCACCAAUGCGCUUCGUGCGGAGGCCAUGCUCAUCAUGAUUUCUAUCAUCCGGGUUGGUCAGUCUCAAUUCGUCAAGGCGGCUAUCGACGAGGAUUCGGUGGACCGGGUCAUGAGCUGUGUGCGGUCGCUAUCCGAGUUCAAGGAGCACCGAGAACUCGAAACCGUGUACUUGGACGACACACGGAAAGCGUUCCGCGCCAUGGUACAGGUCGAGGAGAAGAAGCGCGCCGCAAAGGAGGCAAUGGAGAGGGCCAAGACCGCAGUUCAGGUCGACGACGUCGUGUCGAUCCGCCAGCUCUCCAAGAAGAAUGCCGGAGACGGGACCGACGAAGUCGAACUCGACCUUGAGCGGGCCAUGGGCGGCGACGCCGGCGCUGCCGAGGACCUCUCUUCCAAGCUCAGCCGGGUCGUUCAGCUCACCGGCUUCUCAGACCCUGUCUAUGCCGAGGCAUACGUCAAAGUCCACCAGUUCGACAUCGUUCUCGAUGUCCUCCUCGUCAACCAGACGACCGAGACCCUGCAAAACCUCUCGGUCGAGUUCGCCACCCUCGGCGACCUCAAGGUUGUCGAGCGGCCGACGACGCAGAACCUUGGCCCGCACGACUUCCACAACGUCCAAUGUACAAUCAAGGUGUCUUCCACAGACACGGGGGUCAUCUUCGGCAACGUAGUGUACGACGGCGCGCACAGCACGGACACCAACGUGGUCAUACUCAACGACCUCCAUGUCGACAUCAUGGACUACAUCCAGCCAGCGACCUGCACCGAGACGCAGUUCAGGACGAUGUGGACCGAGUUUGAGUGGGAGAAUAAGGUCAACAUCAAUAGCUCGGCCAAGACCCUGCGCCAAUUCUUGGACCAGCUCAUGGCCUGCACAAACAUGAACUGCCUCACCCCCGAGGCCAGCCUCAAGGGCGACUGUCAGUUCCUAAGCGCAAACCUCUAUGCUCGCAGUGUCUUUGGCGAGGACGCCCUAGCCAACUUGAGCAUCGAGAAGGAGGGCGACGACGGCCCCAUCACGGGUUUCGUCAGGAUACGUAGCAGGUCUCAGGGACUGGCGUUGAGUCUCGGGACGUUGAAAGGGUUGAAUAAGAUUGGAUCGACGGCCUGAAGGGGGAAACGGUUAUCGUAUCCGCCGCCUUGAGCGUGGCAAAUAAGUCCCUGGUCUCGUAAUGGUUCACCGGAUGGAAAGACCAGCUGAAUCCCCUCGGUGGCUACCUACCUACCUAGUCAUCUUUUUGUCGCAGCGAUUCUUGGUAAACAAAAAGAAGAAAAAAGAAAUCAUCGUCAAAUCGAGGGCCUGGAAUGGACUUGUUCUGUUUGACGGCACACAGCUCAAAUGAAUAACGUGGAGGGGACUUGGGGAGCAAGGGGGGACAUAAAAGAGUUCGGUCCGAGGAAUGAAAGGAAGGGUCUCAAGACAGAUGUAGUGCAAUCGUGUUAGACUUAUUCACGAGAUUAGUAGGUAGGUAAGGUAGGCAGUUAGAUGCCAAAAAACGGGCAAUGAUGCAUUCAAUAGGUGCCAUUUCCACGUUGCUAUUUGUA